UCCAAAAUGUAGUGUAAAAUGGGGUUUGUUUCGACGAAGAAUGUUGGUGAAAUAAGUAUUGUUUUUUUACAAACUGCAAAACUCACCGCGAUUUUUGACGUUUGCUAAUUCUUUGACGCGUCGACAGAUCAGAGGCUGGUUUAAUAAUUGAGGCGCAAGUCAGAUGGGCUAACGUGCUUUGAUGAAAUGCACUAAUACGGGAGAUCGCCACCCGACGAAUUAGCCCCCUCUUAUAGGGCUUUCGAGAGAUCGAGAGGCUGGUUUCGGUCUCUCGGGAAAGCGUAGGGGGUACGUGUAGGGAACGCUCUUGAAAAAGGGCGGUUCUCCUCGGACAAAAGGGACCCCCGUAGAACGUCAGUUCCAACCCCUGGGUGGAGUUAACAUCCCCUUAUAUAUCAAGGGUACAGGGGUACCAUUGAUCCCAGAACUCGGUUCGAAACCGAGCAGUGAACAUCGUUCGAUCGAGCUCUUCCAUCGACCGGAUAAAGCUCUCGGGUCCGAGUUAUUAUUUAACGAAUCUCCGAAAGAAUCAGUUGAUCGGGAAAAAAAGUGAGGAUUUACGUGGGAUUACUGUGAAAAUAGUGAACAAGAUCGCUGAAAAAGUGGAAACUUCCCGAGGAAAUUUCAACUUUGGUGAAAAUCCAGCGAGAAAAAUGUCGAGAAGCUUUCUCGUCGAUUCCCUCAUUGGAAACAACAACUCGCCUCCCAAUUACCCGUUGCCGUACUAUGGCAAUCAACUCCCCAAUUAUAUGUUCAACCUCUUCAACCUUGGACUCGGAUAUCAACCCGUCAGACCAGUGCCCAGGCCUCCGACCAUUGCACUUCCCAGUGUGCCCAUCAGCCCACCUGCCGUUGGAGCGUUACCUCUUCCGCGGGGUCACAGUCCACCCUCGCCACUCAAUAACUCCUCUGGAAGACUCUCAGAAGUCUCAACGACGAACGGUUCGACAUCGCGCAACAGCACGCCGACUCCGCCGCCAAAAUCUCCGAAUCAAUACCCGAAUUUGAUCAACAGUUCGAAGCGGAUCCGAACGGCGUUCACGAGCACGCAGUUGUUGGAGCUGGAGCGUGAAUUCUCGGCGAAUAUGUAUUUGUCGCGUUUGCGUAGAAUCGAGAUAGCAACGAAUCUGCAGCUCUCGGAGAAGCAAGUUAAGAUUUGGUUUCAAAAUCGGCGCGUUAAGUACAAAAAGGAGGAUUCGCCGAGCGGCCAGAGUCCCAAGUGCUGUUGUCUUCGCACGUGUGGCAAGAGACGAGAGAGUUGUGACGAGGAGUCGCAGAAGUGCGACGGAAUCGGUGAAAAAUCGGAGCACGACGGAGAGCGUGAUUCGCUCGAGAAAAUCGAUCGCGCGGAUCACUUCGCCGAGACAAAAGACGCCGGUUCCCAAGAAAAUGGCAAAAAGACAGUGAAAAACGAAGUCGAGGGCUCGAAAAUCUCUUUGAAGACGGAAAUCGAGCUCUCCACUGGCCACUCCAAUUUUUACGAGUACACGAAACGCCUCGACGACUCGAGACAAACGACGGGACGGGGCUGCAAGAGAAAUCUCGAAAGUUACGACGACCGCGAGCAGACCAAACGUCAAAUUCUCGUGAUCGAUCCUUACGUCACGAAUAUAUCAGAAAAACCGAUUUUAAGAGUAUCCAAUUGUACCAAACACACCGUCGAACAUAUUGUUAAUUCGUAGGAUCAGUUCUCACUUAGAUUUAUCAUUAAGAUGCUAUUCGCAACGACCAACCAGUGAAAUAGAGACGAACAUCGAGCUGAAUAUGCCUCGAGGUCAUUAUCGUUGUAAAUAAUAUGUACAUAAAAUAUUUUUUGUACCAACAACGUUCACAUUGAACUAACGGAAUUUAGAUAAUUUAUUUCAGGUUUUAAAAUUAUGAGAUAAUAAACGAAUUGUCGAAAGAUA